AUGGGUGACAAGGAUAGUUUGGUUGACAUCUGCCUUAGAGUGGGAGGUGCUUUUGUCCCUAAAAGAGUAACCAAAAACAGGCAGCUGCUGUGUUGGUGUGGUGGUUGGUGUUACUGGAAGAGGAAGGUUCAAGUAUCUAAGUUGGAUGUGCAUUUGAUUAGAACAGCUGCAAUUCAUGGUUUUGUUAAUGGUGAUAUGGAUGUGCCUAUGCAUUACAGCUGUUGGUAUAGGCAGAAGGGGAAAACCUUUAACACUGGGAAAAGGGAACUAGUUAACAGUGAAGAGGUUAAGGGCCUUUUGGAGACAGUAAAUGAAGAGGGGUAUGUUGAGGUUUUUGUAACAACAGAAGCUCCUAGUCAGCCCAUACAAGAGGCCCAACCCAAUCCUGCAAAGACAAAAAAAAAGGAUAAGAAGGUAGAAAGUUCAAAUACAUCGACUAUUAGGAGGAGCCCUAGGUUUAAGAAGACAGAAACUGAACAAAGGGAGGAGAGUCCACCUAGGAAAGCCUCAGCUAAUGCUAAAGUGUUGAGGUUUGAUGAAGAAAAGGAUGAUGGAUGUGAAGGAUCUGGUUAUUCAAGUUCAGAUUUGAGUGAUGAGGGACAAGAUUGGGAACCUGGUGAAGAAGAAUUUGAUGAAGGGGAUGAGGAAUGGUAUAUUGAAGGGUCAAAGGAGAUCUUGGCCAAAGUGAACAAGAGCCUUAGGAAAGGUUUGGAGAGUGCAGUAGAUGACAGGGUUGGCAAAGAUAAGAGAGUAGAGUUGAGAAAUGAUUUGGAUGUUGGAAAACCGAAGGUGAAUCCAGAAAGUGAUGCUGAUUCAGAUGAUUCAAGGAGUUUGUGUGGAUCUGAUGAGGAACAGGACUAUGCUCCUUGGUUUAAUGCUGAUGUGGACUUUGACAACCCAAUCAAGUUGAAGUUAAAUCAGAAAUUCAGUAAUGCUUCAGUCUUGAGGAGGGCCUUAAGACUUCAUGCCAUUCAAAACAGGUAUGAGUUCUACUACUUGCAUAAUGACAGUAAAAGGAUUACAGUUCAGUGUAGAUAUAGAUGUGGCUGUGAGUUCAAUAGCUACACUUGUAGAAUGCCUGCUUGUACAUGUGUGGGGGGGGUAAAGUGUCAGUUCAAGGUGUUUGCAUCAAAACUUGUUAAGCAGCAAACUUGGCAAAUCAAAACCUUGAAUUUAGACCAUUCCUGCUUCAGAGUAAAGAAGAACAAGAUGCUUACUGCUGAAUACAUAGCAGAGAGGUAUUUAGAAGAGUUUAGGAGUAACCCUGGUUGGAGAAUUAAGGAGAUUAGGGCUAGGAUUUUGAAUGAUUUAGGAGUUGAUGUGAGUUACUAUAAGGCAUGGCUAGCUAGGUGUAGGGCAAAACUACUGAUAUUUGGUUCAGCUAGGGAGCAGUAUGCUAGGGUGUGGGAUUAUGGGAAAGCUGUGAUGAAGUACAACCCUGGUUCAGGGUGCAAUGUUGUUGUUGAUGGUAUUGACAGGCCAGAGCCACCAUUGUUCAUGAGGAUGUUCAUCUGUUUAAGGCCAUUGAGAGAUGGAUUUGCAAAGGGUUGUAGGCCUUUAAUAGGGUUGGAUGGUUGUCACCUCAAGGGUGCCUUUCCUGGGCAAAUUCUGGUGGCAGUUGCUAAGGAUGGGAAUAACAACUUGUUUCCUCUAGCUUGGGCCACAGUGGAGAUUGAAAACCAGGAAACUUGGGGUUGGUUCUUGGAAUCCCUUAUGUCAAUGUUCACACAUGAUCAAGGAGCUGGGCUGACCAUCAUGUCUGACAGGCAAAAGGGUUUGAUUAAAGCAAUGGCUGAUGUUAUUCCCAAAGCUGAGCAAAGGUUUUGUGUGAGGCAUAUUUGGGCUAACUUCAAGCUCAACUUCACUGGAUCAACCUUUAAGGAGCUGUUUUGGAGAGCAGCUAGGGCCACCACCAUUUUUGAGCAUGAAAUUGCCAUGGAGUCUAUCAAAUUCCUCGAUGAAGAAGAAAGAGAUUAG